UUACAGGAGUUAAUCCCAAAUAAGAAGAUUCUUCAAUUACUACGACUGCGUCAAUUAAACAAUGCAGUGUUUGUUAAACUUAACAAGGCAACAUUAAAUAUGUUACGAAUUGCAGAGCCUGACAUUGCCUGGGUGAACAAUUUCUUGUGGCCAUUUAAGUUAAGCAAUCCUAAGGGUGGUUGGCGCAAAAAGACGACUCAUUUUAUUGAAGGUGGUGACCAUGGUAACCGUGAACAUCUCAUAAACCAGCUAGUUCAGAAAUGA